CAAAUGAUCUCAAAAAAACGUAAUGUUACACAAAUAACAGUGCAAAACAACCUUAAAAGUGUAAAACGUGACAUGACAUAGUGAAAAACCAAUGAAAAUUCCGUAGACACUUCGCUAACACGCUUACAAUUUAGAAAAUGGGUGAUUAAGAAGAAAAACUACGUAUAACCUCAAUUUAAAUUAAGUGAAGGUGACAGUUUUUAAAUGAAGUGUUUAUGAAUAAAUUCGGAAACGUGAAAAUAAUAUACAAUGGUUGAUUUAUCCACGCCGGGUUAAUGUGUAGAUUAUGGGCAUAAUCAACAAAAUGCUUAUUUCCAAAAGUUUUAUUUUAAAGAGAUAUUGGCUGAAGUGGUGUUGGCGUAAACGCUGGUAUAGUAGAAAAAAUUAACACCAAAUAUUAGUGAGAAUAAAUAAGGUUUUUUAUGGUGUCGCGAGAGAUCAUUAGGUUAUUUAUGUGUACGGUUUGAUUUAUAAAAUAUUCAAGAUGAAUUCUUUUAACGCACCCACAACACAGAUCAAUGCGAUCGACAAAAUGACAACUGUUAAAUGUAAAUCGGUCGAUUUAGAAGGAUAUGUUAUUAUAGUUGUUCAAACCAAGGAUAAUAAAAUUAAAUUAUAUGGAUCCCCUUCAGCUGGAAACUGGGAAAAUUUGGAGUUGGCGGAUGAAAUCAUGGACGUGAACGAAACAAGACUUGAGGAUAUGACUCGUACUGAGGUCCUCAGUCACAUACACGAGUGUAUAUCGUCGUGUGUGAUCAAACUGCGAGUGAAGAGACGGAGCGAAACAAAACUACUAUCAGAUAUCGGGCACAACAUAAUUCAAGAUGCGUUCCUCAUCGCGGUCGAAGAACAGGCGAGGCAGCGCUUGCAGCGGCUGUCAGCGCUCAAACGGAUCACUCCAGUCGAUAUGUCCAAGUUAUCUGUAGAGUUAAAUAAAAGAAAACGAACACAGCCCGAGAAUCGACAAGAACUGAACGGGUACAUCGCCAACUCCACAGUGUACGUAACGUCCAUUAACGAAAACGGAGCUAUUGAGAGCAAGCCGACAAUAUCGUCACCAAAAUCUCAACCUAAAUCACUGCAAGCAAAACCGGCUCCAAUCAUAGCCAACGGUAUUCAAAUAGAUAAGAAAAAAGAGGCAGAAGUCGUAGAAAUAACAGUAGAACAAGAGAAACACGAAAAGGAUUCGAGUGAAAAAAGUGUUAAAGUCGUUGUCGAAAGUGAAGUGAAGGAAAGUGAAGUGAUAAGUGAUAAAAGUGAAGCGUACAAUGUUGUAAGGGAGCAACUAAACAACGGUAGAUGUGAGAAGCUACUGGGCGAGCAGCCCGACCACAGGAUCCGGGCGACGGCUGUCGUUGAGAAUAAUAAAUUAGGACCCGGCGAAAAAGGACCCCGCAGGCGGUCGGGCUCCAGUAUCGUGGUACUCGGCGCUGAAGAGGAGAAACGCCCGCCACCGGAUGACGAGGCCGACAUGCUCACUAUGCUGUCACUCACAGACACCGGCCCACACCGCGAAAUGGCGGUGGACGUCCCGGACAGCUUCAUCGCGAGGAACAAGACACCACCCCGGUACCCGCCCCCUCGGCCUCCUCAGGUACGCCUCCGGACAAGGGAUGACGAACCUCUUCUAUCCUCCGGGGGUUCUGGGACAUCUUUUGGGAGUAAACAGAGCACCGUACUUCAAAGCAAUAUAGACAUAUCAGGGCCCAGCUCUGACGGGUCAGGCAGUUUCAAAAACAACAGCACCAUGGAACUGCUCUCCUUACCCCAGAGUUCAGACGGUUCCGGAGUAAGUUUCGGCAGCAAGAAAAGUAAGGGUUCGUCAGAAACAGCGAAGUGCGAUUUGACGUCAGAAAGAUCGGAAUCCGUGGCGUCGAACGUGACUCAAAAUUUGAGCGAUCAUAAAAUACAACUGUUGAUCUCUAAUGGAGAGGAUUCUUUGCUAGACUGCAGGGUGGGCGUGGCUUACUCUGCGAGAACUGAUUCCGUACUCAUCAGAGAGGCGGUGUACGCUUCUUAUAACCUGCCUCCUGGUUUUGACACGACGCCUGUACUGCUUGGGAGGGAGGUGGCGGUCGACGUUCCUGACAGUUUUGUGCAAAUCGUCAAAAGUACACCCAAGUAUCCCGGUACCGCGGACAAAAAGUAUCCGCUGCAGCAGGUGAAUGGCACAGCAAAGGGAGCGCCAGCGGUGCCGCCGCGCGAGGCCCCCAGGGACGCGCCACCGCGGCCCCCGGCGCACGACAUCACGAGGGACCAGAUCGACUCCAUCAAAAAAUAUCAGGAACAACUCCGCCAGCGAAAGGAAGCUGAGGAACGAAUUGCGGCGCAAAACGAAUUCUUAAGAAAUUCGCUACGCGGCUCUCACAAGCUACAAGCGUUAGAAUCCAACCCACCAUCCAGCACAGCCUUCGUCAACGAUGCAUACGAAGAAGAUGCGACUGACGAGGCUGCACAGCUGUAUGCUAUUGUUGAUUAUCAAGAAGUAUGCGCAGCGCUGUCGAGGGUACAAAAAGCGCUUAGUUCGAGCGGUGAAAGCGCUCUUGCUGCUCGGGUAGCUGGAGCGGCUGGCGUGCUACUGUGUCCCGCGCUUCGGACGGCAUUAGCGACGAGGUCGGCUGUCCUCACUGCAGUGAGACAUAAACGAACCGGCCUCUCGCCUCCACAGACACAUCGGGCCACUGAUCGAUUAAAAGAUUGUAUAGAUGUACUAGGAUCGCAUACGGCGUCAGGAGGCGAGACGUCGGCGUUAGCAGCGGAACUGCUCUCAAUACUGGGAGGCUUGGAGUUGGAGAGCUUGAUACAAGCGCACGACCAGGCCGCUGCGUUGUUGGACCCGUCCUGCUUCACGAGAGGGAAGAGAAAUAAGACUGGCUUCAAUAACUUCAAGGGCGAUGACAAGUAUUUGCCGCACUCGCCUGACGAUACCAGCGAAAAUAUCAAAAUUAUAAAAAUUGAGAAAACUAAUGAACCACUUGGUGCUACGGUGAGAAACGAGGGCGAGGCGGUCAUCAUCGGUAGGAUAGUGAGAGGUGGAGCGGCGGAGAAGUCAGGACUUCUUCAUGAAGGAGACGAGCUGCUGGAGGUGAACGGCGUGAGCAUGCGCGGCAAGUCGGUGCACGAGGUGUGCCAGGUGCUGGGCGGGCUGGCGGGCACGCUGAGCGUGGUGCUGGCGCCGCGCGCGCGGCCGCGCCCGCCGCCCGCGCACCGCGUGCUGCACGUGCGCGCGCACUUCGACUACGACCCCGAGGACGACGUCUACAUCCCCUGCCGCGAGCUCGGUAUAAGUUUUCAAAAGGGCGACGUGCUGCACGUGAUCAGCCGCGAGGACCCGAACUGGUGGCAGGCCUUCCGGGAGGGGGAGGAGGACCAGAGCCUCGCCGGGCUGAUACCUAGUCAAGCUUUCCAGCAUCAACGCGAGUCCAUGAAGCAGUCGCUGGCGGGCGAGGCGGGCGAGGCGGAGGCGCGGCGCGCGCGCAAGGGCGCCACGCUGCUGUGCGCCGGCCGCGCGCGCCGCCGCAAGCCGCGCAAGCCCACCAGCGAGGCCGGCUACCCGCUGUACGCCGCCGCCGGCGCCGACGAGUACGAGCAGGAGGAGAUUCUGACGUACGAGGAGGUGGCGUUGUACUACCCGCGCGCCUCUCACAAGAGGCCCAUCGUGCUCAUCGGCCCCCCCAACAUCGGGCGACACGAGCUGCGCCAGAGGCUCAUGGAGGACAGCAGUCGGUUCGCAGCGGCCGUACCUCACACGUCCCGCACUCGCAAGGACCACGAGGCGGCCGGCCAGGACUACCACUUCAUAUCGCGGGCGCAGUUCGAGGCGGACAUACUCAACAGGAAAUUCGUGGAACACGGCGAAUACGAAAAGGCUUACUAUGGUACAUCCCUAGAAGCGAUAAGGGAGGUCGUCAAUUCUGGAAAGAUUUGUGUUCUAAACCUUCACCCGCAGUCGCUGAAGAUCCUUCGUAACUCAGACUUAAAACCGUACACCGUGUUCGUGGCUCCGCCGAGCUUGGAGAAGCUGCGGCAGAAGAAAAUCAGGAACGCAGAGGCUUUUAAGGAAGAAGAACUGAAGGAGAUUAUAGCGACGGCGAGAGACAUGGAGCUGAGAUGGGGCCAUUUAUUCGACAUGAUCAUCAUCAAUAACGACACGCAGCGUGCCUACCAGCAGCUGCUGAACGAAAUAAACAGCUUAGAACGCGAACCGCAAUGGGUACCCGCGCACUGGCUCAAACAGACCUAGCGGGAAAUUCUCCAAGUUGCAUCCUUAGCAGCUAAAAGACUGAAUCGAGUCGAAAUUAAUCAAGAAAACAUUCGAUCUAAUAUGAAAUUAACGGAUAAAGUCGAAAGCGAUGUGAUAUACAAAAUGGCGGGCGUUGAAGGUAACAAGAUGGCGACGUUUGGCGCCAAAAUUAUGUUACUGUUCACGCAAAUGGUUUUACAUUUGCUAUUUUACUUUUUAAACGCCUGCGAUAAAAAGAUGAACUUUAAUUUGAAAUCUGUGAGAAAUGAAAAAAAUAAUGAAAACGGUAUUAAUAAUUGUAAUGCAAUCGUGUUAAAUCGUGGAGCUGUAGACAGAAGUAUAGAAUUUAGAAAUGUGUUCUCAAAUGUAAAAGGUUUUAAAGAAGUUUAUAAAAAGAGAUCGGCUACAUAAUAUUAGUUGAAGGAUUUAUUUAUUAAAAUAAAACGGAUGUUUUUUCUUUUGUUUACGAAAAAUCUCUUUCGUAAUAAGCACAUUCCUUUAUGUUAAAUAUGAUGAAUAUUAUUCAUAAUUAUUUUAUUUUAUUUUUAAAAUGUGCAUAUUUCAAAACAGGAGACCAAAUUUUAUUUUUAGAAUACAGUCAUUUUAAUUCGGACUACAUAAUCAAAUAUAUAUUUACGUAUAUGUUAAAACCUUUAAUAU